AUGACCAAUGAAUGCCCAAUCUGUAAAGGCAAUAUCUUGGUAACACAAAAAAGGAUUAAGUGUUCUAAAUGUCAAGCACAUUAUCACUUAGAAUGUGUUGCAUCGAAUAAUAACAGCAGCGUAAUAUCCCGAACACAGUGGAUCUGUACGGCUUGUGCCUCAAAUACUCGAAAAGGCAGCAAUAACUCAAAUACACCGAAAGAUAAGCAAAACUGUUUGGAAAAUAGUACACCGCAGGUACAGUCUACGUCACUGAUAUCGAAAGAGGUGAAAGAGAUAAUAACUAACUCUUUAAGCGUUGAAUUUAAAAAAAAUCGUGAAGAGUUAAGUGUUUUACAAAGCAUUAAGGAAUCCAUAGAUUAUUUCUCUAAUCUAUACGACAGUGUUAAGCAAGAAUUAGAGGAAGCGAAAAGUGAAAUUUUGAACUUAAAAAAGGACAAUUGUGAAUUAAGAGACAUUAUUAAUUCCCAUAGCAGUGUUAUAAACAGUCUGGAAAAGGAAGCAAGAGCAAGUAAUAUAGAAUUACACUGUGUACCUGAAUUUAGGAAUGAAAAUCUUGUAAACACAAUAGAACAAAUAAGCAAAGUAAUAAGUGUUCCUCUAAUUGAAGGUAGCAUUACUAAAUGUACAAGGGUUGCAAAACAAAAUAAAAGCUCAGCUCGUCCUCGCACCGUAAUAGUAAAGUUUUCAACUCCACUUAUACGUGAUCGAUUUUUGGCUGGUGUUAUCAACUAUAAUAAAAAGAACGCCGAGGACAAACUGAAUACAUCGCACCUUGGAAUAUCC